AGAGAGAGAGAGACAUGGACAUAAACUCACCUGUUUGAUGAGAUGUUUGUAAUGUUCUCUCCUCUCAGCUUCUUUUGACCUUUCCGCUUCUCUCCCAAACCUCUCUUGCUGCUUUGUUGGUUGUUCUAUCCUGAUCUCAGGAGUGGCAUCGAUCCAUGGUGUCUAGCUUUUCCUUCUAGUGUGAGAGCUACUGAUCCAUAGUCUUCUUCCUCAGUUUCCUCGAACACACUUCAGGCGAUUCUUCUGCGACCUGAGUCCUUGAUUUGGCCUUCUUCAUGAAUAACUGGUUGGCUUUCUCUCUCUCCCCCCAUGAGCUCCCUUCCUCACAGCCUCAUCAGAGCCAUUCGCCAUCUGCUGCUGUCUCCCACUUCAUCUCCGGCGACGAUGUCUCCACCAACUGCUACGAUUUCUCUGCCGACUCCACAUCGGAGCCGCCGAUGGGAAUACCCACCCUGAGACCUGACUUAUCCUUCUGCAUCUUAGAGGCCUUCGAUAGACACCAUCACCACCAAACCCAAGAUUGGAACAUGAAGAGCUUCGGAGGCCCCUCGGAACUAUCCGUUCUGGUUGGAUCGAGCAGUAACCAGAACACUAUGGAGGAAGAUGAGCCCAAGCUCGAAGACUUCCUCGGUGGGAAUUCGAUCUCAGAUCAUGAUCGAAAGGUUCUACCUGCUGCACUUACCAGCGAUGAGUACAUGUUCUCCACCUCCUCCUUCCAGGCGCAAGACGCUUCCAUGGUGUCAUCCGAUGCUCACGGUGGAGGCCUGAUGAGCGACGGCAACGGUGGUUCUUCGAGCAACUCCAUCGGGCCGUCCGUGAUCAAGACAUGGUUGAGGAACCAAUCCAUCCCACAGCAGCAGGCCAACGACAUGGCCGGGGGUGGCGGGUCAAGCUGUAGCAGCAGUGCGAUGGUAGCCAACGUUAUCGGCACGUUAACGAACUCCCAGGGCUUAUCGUUGUCCAUGAGCACAGGCUCGCAGUCGAGCUCGGCUCUGCCGCUACUGGUGAGGGGGGUAAGCGGUGGAGGUGAGAGCUCGUCGUCGGACAACAAGCAGAAAGGCACUGCAGGUGGCGCAGAUGCACAGACUGGUCCAAUGGAAGCAGUUCCUCGGAAGGCCGUGGACACAUUUGGGCAGAGAACUUCCAUUUACCGGGGCGUGACGAGGCAUCGAUGGACAGGUAGAUACGAGGCUCAUCUAUGGGACAACAGUUGCAGAAGAGAAGGACAGACACGCAAGGGUAGACAAGUCUAUUUGGGUGGCUAUGACAAAGAAGACAAGGCAGCUAGGGCUUAUGAUUUGGCUGCUCUCAAGUACUGGGGUCCUACUACAACCACAAACUUCCCUAUAAGCAACUACGAGAAUGAGCUGGAAGAGAUGAAGCACAUGACAAGGCAGGAAUUCAUUGCAUCACUCAGAAGAAAGAGCAGCGGGUUCUCUAGGGGUGCAUCUAUUUAUCGUGGAGUAACAAGGCAUCAUCAGCAUGGAAGAUGGCAAGCAAGGAUAGGAAGAGUCGCAGGGAACAAAGACCUCUAUUUGGGAACCUUCAGCACCCAAGAAGAGGCCGCCGAGGCGUACGAUAUCGCGGCCAUCAAGUUCCGGGGGCUGAACGCAGUCACCAACUUCGACAUGAGCCGGUACGACGUGAAGAGUAUCCUCGAGAGCAACAUGCUGCCCGUCGGCGGCGCCGCCAAGCGGCUCAAGGACGUGGGCGAGCACGCCGAGCCCGGCGCGAUUGGGAGGAGGGCAGAAGACAGCCGUCUCGCCCCGCGGUUCGACGGGACGGGUGGCUACGGCGCUUCUCACCACCAAGGCUGGCCGACGACUGUCGCUUUCCAUCAGCCGCCGCCCUUGCAGCCGCCGCGGUGGGGUGCUCAGUUUCCCUACGGUCCGACGCGGGGUUGGUGCAAGCAGGAGGUGGCCACCGCUCACGGCCUGCAGGACCUUCACCAGCUCCACUCGGGCACCAACACCCACAACUUCUUCCAGCCGUCGUCGGUGCUUCAUCACAGCCUUGUAAGCGUCGACGCCUCGUCGCUGGAACACAGCACGGGAUCGAACUCGGUGGUGUACGGCGGAAGCUAUCAUGGCGGCGGGUACGUGAUGCCGAUGAGCACGGUGGUGACGGAUCAAAGCGGCGCAGCGAACCAAGCAGGCUGUGGUAAUCUCAUCGACGAAGAAGGGACUGCAGAUCCUUAUUCUUCGAGCAGGAAUGCUUACUAUCUCGCUCAUCAGUUGUCUUCCGGCAACGCCAAAGCCAGGGAGUACGAGCAGAACAAUGCAUGGAUGCAUGCGCCAGCUCUGGCGAUGGCGUCGAGGUCGAACGGCAUGGCUGCUGACCAUGGAGCUCCACCGUUCACAGUGUGGAAUGAUGCUUAGGGGUGGGAAAGAAGAGACUGCAUUGCAUUAGAAGGAGAGAGGCAUUUGCUCCUGAUCAUGAUUGCUUCCAUCUGUUUUGGUGAAAGUAUUUCCGGUUUUCUCAGCAUGAGAAUUCUUCUGAUGGGGUUUGGUAAUGGCAGGUGAGGAUUGAUGCAACUUAACUUGGCACAGUUCUUACUGGCUGUUAAUUUUGGGGUGAUUCAGAAGAAUCAUCUGUUAGAAAAGACUAUGUAAAGUUGUUAAAAUUAAUCCUUUUUUUUUACUAUCUCUAUAAUAAUAAUUAUUAUUAUUAUU